AUGGCCAAGAAGGAUGUGGCGUGUUUCUGGAUCGUACUGCUCCUGUGCCAAGAGCUACGGACCGACCCGAUUGCAGAGAUGGGACCAUCCUCCGGCAUCCUGAUUCAAGAGACACCAGGGUUCAUCUUAACGGAGAAGAGGAUCCUGACCCGACGUGUGUUCAUCAGCUUGGACCCCAAGAUUUCCAUCGAGAAGGCAUACAACAUUUCAUCGAUGCAGCUUCCUGAGUUACAGACUUGGUACCAGAUGCACCUCCAAAGAGCACAGGACCGUGUGCGAAACAUCUUGGAGCAAGCUCGGAAACCAUUUGUAUCCAGUUCUAUUCCGAUGAGCAACCGACCCAAAAGGUUCCUCACUGCUAUAAUUGUUGCAUUAGUUUGUUCCACUGUCGGUGCAGUUGUCGCAACUGGAAUGUCUGCAGCCAACUCUAUUACUGUCCAAAAGCUGGAUAUGGAAAUCUAUGCGCUAAAGCAACACAUUAACGAUAUUCAUCAGGUGAUAAUGACGUGUUAA